GCUGUAAUUCUUGUCUGAACUAUUUCUUUCUAAUUGUGGCUUCAAAGUGAACGGUUGUGUGGUGGUCGAGUUCCUGAUGGCAACUUUCGCAACUAAUAGGAAGCUUGUCCGGUGGCCGCUUGUUGAAAGGUGACACAGAGUUGUAAGUUACUAAAAUGAAUACACCGGUGGAAAAUAACAUCACGGUUGAAACGAACGCUCAAAGGUUUCCGAAGCAAUCUGCUUUCAAUCUGGGCGACGUUGUGACCGAAAGCGCUAAAAUCCUUAGCGAGGCCGAAAAGGCCAAACUGGAAGAGCAGAACAAGCGCAUGGUAACGCCAUUCCAAGCACUGAAACUCGAACAAGAGGCCCGCAAACAUUGGGAUUUGUUCUACAAGCGUAACGAGGAUCGGUUCUUCAAAGAUCGACACUGGACGACGCGUGAGUUCGGCGAGUUGCUUUCGGGCGAAGAAGAUCCAGCCGGAAGUGGUUCUUCAACGGCGCAGAUCAAGAGUGCGGAAAGUGUGAAAAACACCGCAAACAACAAAACGCUCCUCGAAAUUGGUUGCGGUGUUGGAAAUUUGAUAUUCCCGCUGAUCGAAGACGGACAUUGUAAUUAUUUUAUCUACGCGUGCGAUCUGUCACCACGUGCUGUUGAGCUGGUGAGAAAACAUAACCUCUACGAUGAACGGUACAUGAAAGCGUUCGCCUGCGAUAUUACCACGGAGGAAGUGUUUGAAACGCUGACCGAAGGCAGUCUGGAUAUAGUAACGCUAAUCUUCGUACUAUCCGCAAUACAUCCGGAAAAGUUUUCCUCAGCGGUGGCUAACAUUUACAAGCUGUUGAAACCGGGUGGCGUGGUGCUGUUCCGUGACUACGGGCUGUACGAUAUGGCCCAGUUACGAUUCAAGCCGGGACACAAGAUAGCGGAAAACUUCUACAUGCGGCAAGAUGGUACGCGGAGCUACUAUUUCGCUGAGAAGGAAGUAUCGGAAUUGUUCCGAAAGGCCGGAUUUACGGUGGCAGUGAACAGUUACAUCCAUCGGCGCACAAUAAAUCCGAAGGAGAAUAUCGAUGUGCCAAGAAUAUUUGUACAGGGCAAGUACAGCAAACCAGACGCUGUUUGAAACACAACGCCUUUAGGUGCAGAUCCUUCCGAAAGCGCCGUCCGGACAGGAAUGGAUCUACUUUCUCGAAGUUCGGUACGAAUCAAACUUAGUCGAAUCAAUUUUUUGGCGUAAAAAUGCUGUGGUCCUGAUUGAAACACAACAGCUUUAGGUGCAGAUCCUUCCGGAAGCGCUGUUGAACACGAAUGGACAGUGAUCUAUUUUCUCGAAGUUCGGUAAGAAUCAAACAGCCGAAUCAUUUUUAUGGGGAAAAAUAAUCCUGUGUCCUGACUUUAAAAGAUUAACGUCUACCUAGGGAGUUCCCCACCACCAUUUGGUUCAGGAAAGCCCAGUCCGUUCUCAAAGGCAAAGACCGGGCGAUGCAGGAGGUUGAUUUACACAUCGAGGAAUGAUUGUUUCGGAAGAUUGAGGACGAUGCGCGUCGUUCCGUGACUUUCGGUGUGCUUAAUUGUUCAACUAAAUUGUAAUUUUGACAAUAAAAAUGAAAGACUGCUAUUAAGUAAA